CUGAAUAAGGGGACAGGGUGGAAGUUGAUCAUCUCUAUCAAGCAAAGGGGCCAUCAGUCUUUCCAGUCAGUGUAGCGGUCCCUGGAGUGCAAUAACCGCAUGCGCAGUGCCAUCAGUCUCGUCGUGUAUCCUGAAGAUCGAAAACAGAGAAGAUGAGCCUGAGCACCCAGCACGGAACUCAUGCAUGAUUUCCGCUUGCCUUUUGUAGUUUUUGCCUAAUUCGGGGUUGAUGUCGAAUUGUCCAGCAGUGUUGGAGAUCAACAGCUAUAACGGCAGAAUACGGUAAUUUAAAGGUGUUGGGCAUCACAUUGCACCGGAUGUCAUUACACGCACCUAAAUCUCGAGAAGCAUAAGCAGGACCAAAUCCAGACGCAGUCAUGGAAGCUCUCACCCACUUUAUGAAUGACACGGUAGAGUUCUACAGAUGGAGCCUUACUAUAGCAGACAAGCGGGUGGAGAAAUGGCCAAUGAUGUCAUCGCCCGCCCCCACCCUGGCCAUCAGCUGCCUGUACCUGCUCUUCCUGUGGGCGGGGCCUAAGUACAUGCAGAAUCGCGAGCCUUUCCAGCUAAGGAAGACCCUCAUAGUGUACAACUUCAGUAUGGUGAUACUCAACUUUUACAUCGCCAAAGAGCUCCUCCUGGGUGCGAGAGCAGCGGGAUACAGCUACCUAUGUCAACCUGUCAGCUAUUCCAACGACGUCAACGAAGUCAGGAUAGCAUCGGCUCUGUGGUGGUACUACAUCUCUAAGGGAGUGGAGUAUCUGGACACAGUGUUCUUCAUCCUGAGGAAGAAGAUCAACCAGGUCAGCUUCCUCCAUGUCUACCAUCACUGCACCAUGUUCAUCCUCUGGUGGAUCGGAAUCAAGUGGGUCCCUGGAGGACAAUCGUUCUUCGGAGCAGGCAUAAACUCGUCCAUCCAUGUCCUGAUGUAUGGGUACUAUGGCCUGGCCGCUUUCGGACCCAAGAUCCAGAAAUUCCUCUGGUGGAAGAAAUACCUGACCAUUAUUCAGAUGAUCCAGUUCCACGUGACCAUUGGGCAUGCCGGCCACUCUCUCUACACUGGCUGCCCAUUCCCUGCCUGGAUGCAGUGGGCCCUGAUUGGCUACGCCGUCACCUUCAUCAUCCUAUUCGGCAACUUUUACUACCAGACCUACCGACGCACCCCACGUUCUGCCCACAAGGCGGCCAAGCCCGUCACUAACGGUGUCUCCAUGGCAACCAACGGCUACAACAAGCUACAGGAGGUAGAGGAAAAUGGGCAGAAGCAGCAGAAAAAGGGAAGAGCGAAAAGGGAGUAAGGAGAAGGUGGAGAGGAUGGAGGAAGCCUCUGUCAGACCAACACGAGGACCGUGGGGUGAAAAGGCAGAGGAGAUAGGGGGGUUCAGGGGUGAAAGUUCAAAAGUCAAAUGGGAUUCCACCACACCACUGCCCCUGCAGGAUGUUUCGAGGAUGUGAUUUGUGACCAAUUUGUGUGUGUGUGUGUGUGUGUGUGUGUGUAAGGGGGGGUGGGGAUGAUUUGGUGAGGUUUGUAUUCUGGGAUUUGGUAAGGUUUGGGUAUGGAGGGAUGGGGGUAGGAGGAGGGUGUUGGUUGUCUUUUUACAACAAAAGAAGAUUGCUGCUCUUCAUGUAGAGUCUGUGCUCUGUCUCCUUACUUUGGGGUCCUGGUCGAAGACAAGACCUUAAAAAGACCACAACACAACCACAGGGACUCCCAAACUGCUCAGCAGCUGCAACGUUUCCAACCAAAACUCCACCACCAUUUUGUACUUUUCUUUGUUUAACUCAAUGCUGAUGUAGUGAUGCAAAUGCUUAUUUAUUUUUGUAGCAUUGUAAAUGGUAUUUUACGUAUUCAAUUAUUUCAAUUUAAGAAUCUUCCAGAAACGUAUACCAAAGAGGAUUUAUAUUUCAUUGCGUGAUGAGUAAGGGAACUACUGGAGGAGCAUUAUUGAGGAAUAAAUAGUUGUUUUACAGUACAGGGGCUGUUCUCAAUUAUAUUUGUGGCAGUAUUACUUGUCUACGUGAAACACACAGACUAGCUGCAAGCCCCCUCUGCCAUACAGACCUGCCCUAAAGUACAUAAUAAACACAUACACAAACACAAGAAUUCAGAUCCCUUGACUUUUUCCACAUUUAUUUACGUUUACAGCCUAAUACUAAAAUUGAUAAAAUACAUUUUCCCUCAUCAAUCUACACACAAUACUCCAUAAUGACAAAGUACAUUUU